AUGAUCUUAGACCUCAAGUUUUCUAUCAAUAUGAAGUCAUUCCUAUUAUCCAACGAGUCUUCUCCCCUUUCUGUAAUUCCCAACAAAUUCAUCCUCCCAGAAAGCAAAAGACCGAACCUUUCAGAGGUUAAAUCUCUAGACUCAAUCCCCAUAAUUGAUUUGAGUUACUGUCAUGACAACAACCCUUCAUCAUUGGAAGUUAUUCACAAGAUUUCAAAGGCUUGUGAGGAAUUUGGUUUCUUUCAAGUUGUGAACCACGGUGUUCCUGAACAAGUUUGCCAUAAAAUGAUGAAAGCAAUUACUGAUCUUUUUGAACUGUCAUCAGAGGAAAAGGAGAGUUUCUAUUCAACAGAUCUUAAAAAGAAUGUAAAAUUGGCCAAUUAUUCCCUUAAACUUGAAGGUGGAGAAGAGGUCAAAUUUUGGAGUGAAUGUUUUAGUCAUCCAUGGUAUCCUAUUGACGAUAUCAUAUCUAUUCUACCUGACAAAAUUAAAACUCAAUACAGACAGGCAUUCAGUGAAUAUGCAAAGGAGAUUGGUUCUUUGGGAAGCAGGCUUUUAGGUUUGAUAUCAAUGGGGCUUGGGUUAGAGGAGGAUUGUUUGUUGAAGAAGUUAGGUGACCAGUCUAUGCCAAAAGCACAAGCAAAUUUCUAUCCACCGUGUCCAUAUCCAGAGUUAACCAUGGGUCUAAUUGAGCAUACUGAUCUCAAUGCUCUCACUGUACUUUUGCAAUCAGAAGUUUCUGGUCUUCAAGUCAACAAAGAUGGGAAAUGGGUUUCUGUACCUUUUAUUCCCAAUGCUUUUAUUAUCAACCUUGCAGAUCAAAUUGAGGUUUUAAGCAAUGGAAGAUACAAAAGUGUGCUUCACAGGGCUGUUACCAACAAUUUAAAUCAACGAUUGUCGAUGGGGAUGUUUUUUGAGCCAAGUCCGGACACGAUAAUUGGUCCAAUUCAAGAACUAAUAGAUGAAGAACACCCUCCCAAAUACAAAAAUUACCACUUCUCUGAGUUUCUUGAAGAGUUCUUCAACAAAAAAGGAACAUGGACCAUGGUGAAGGAAGCCUUUGAAUUGUCACAUGAUAAUAAAUAA